AUGUCUUCCCUGGAGAUUGACACUCUUUGGAAUGCUGCUUUUGGCGAAUCUACUCGCCCGGAGCUCUACGCCGCUGAUGAGCUAAAUGAAGAUGGCUUCCAACCACUGAACGACCCGCACAGUUUUCUCGUGAAUAUCGCGACGUUGAGUCACAAACAGCUAUAUGCCACCAGUGCCAACAAUCAAAUCGCCAUGAAACUGGCCCAAGACGAGUACCUGGACUUGGAGCACCAAAUUGCUCAGAUCAAGGGCAAAGAUAGUAUCAAGAACCCCCAAUCUCUUCUGGAACCGGAUGUGUUUGAGGAACGAAAAGAAUCCGCGCUCUACGGCUACAAGUAUGAGCCGAAUCGACCGGCCCUGCUUCAUGCUGGUGUCCCCGGCAUCAGGUCUGCCGACGACCUUACCGACCGGGAGAAACAUGAUGUUCGGCUGCUCCAAGAGCCUUUUGAGCAAGGCGGCUUCGUGCCCAAGGAGAAGGAGUAUAAGGCCAAGGCUGCAAGGGCCCCGAAUCCAAAGAACAUUGAUGGAUGGCAACCGGUCCAGAAGAACGGCAAGCUGCUCAUUCCCAAACAACAGACUCCCCACGAAGAAUAUUCCAUCACAUAUGUCAAGCGCAAUGUGGAUGAAAAUGGCGAGAUCGUUCGACCCCAAUCCGCCGGGAGUGACGCUUCGGGAGAAACACCGUCCAAGGCCGUUGACAAACGCUUGACCAGAACCAGAUUCGAUGGCAAAAAAUUUCCACCGACACGCGACGUAUCAGAGGCUCCUUCAGCAGCAUCGACCCCAGGCAGAAAGCGAGCAAACACGCCGGCCGUCGAUGGGCGAGAAGAUACUCCGAACUCCAAACGCCGCAAGUUCAAUGGCCCUGACCGGCCGAAGCACCCCAACCAGUAUACCAAAGCAAGAGAAUUAGCGAUCAACACAACAGCCGCUCAGAAUGGCGCCAAAGCUACAUCAUCCAAAUCAUCAUGGGUCGGCUUGUCUCCGACUUCCCUGCGUAAUCGCAAAUGGACAGACGAAGAGUUGGUGGAGGCCGUCAAGCAUGAUCAUUUAUGGUUGCACGACGAUCCGAACAAGGCCGAAGAUUGGAAGCAUAAGAUCAUCAACGGCAUCAAUCCCGUCCGAAGCUUCAGUAUGUUCCGAAAAUGGGCGUACUGGAAGGUCGAGAACAAGGACAAGAGACCGCGAGCAAAGAAAAAUUUACCCGCGGAAGAAGCCAAGCAGCCCAAGGGGUCCCCCCAGCCGAAGCGCGUAACCGCCAAAGCUACGAAAUCGGCAGACAGUGGGAGAACGACCCCAUCGACCAUGACACCGAUGCCGGAGAAUGUCAACGGAGGAAAGGCACAAGACGCGAAGCGAGUCGUUGGAACCAGAGGAGGAUCAAAUAGGAGGGCCACGGCGGGUAUCAAGCUCCUCGUGAAUCACGAGGACGCAGAAGACGAUCUACGUGCUGGGACCGAGACGGAACCAGGAUCGAGAACGGAGCGGGAGGUGUCACAGCAGAUGGACAAAGAAUUACAGGAAACUCCGGCUUCAAGACCGAGUCCACAGAGAGAAGAGAGCGAUUCCAUGAUCGUGGUCAAUGGUACACCGCCAACGAGACGAUCUUUACGAAAUUUGCGCAGAGCCAGUGGUUGA